AACAAUAAAGGGAUAAUUCCCUUUAAAAAACAAGGUUUCUACUUCUUCGUCAGCCAUCGUCACUCACUCCCAAGAUAUCUAUCUGUUCCAGCCCCAGAUAGACAACACUGAAGAAAGAAAAAGACGAAAAGGUUUCCAAUUCGUGAAAUUUCAAUGGACACUUAGGGUUUUAAAUAAAAAGAAAGAAGACGUUAUUUUUUCUUUUAGAUGCUAAAAAUGAGUGUUUCGGCGACAUUUCGUGGCAAUUUUAGUUCCUUACUGAUACCACAGAGCAGCUAUUGUCCUUGCGAUUAUCGUCCACGCCACAUUUUAGCUUCUUCUUCUGUUAUUUCUUGGCGAAAACGAUGUCGUACAAGAGAUUUCAAGUUGUACCAGGUUUCAGAGUUUUCUGAGAGGAGAGAAAUUAUUGUAUGUAGAGCUGCAGAGACAGAGAUUGAACCGGAUAAUAGCAACAAUGAUAAUAAGGAAAAAGAAGUGCAUGAAGGAGGAGAGGAGCAUCCUACCAUAGAUUCCGUUGGCCAAACUGACGACCAACCUGAUUCUCAGCCUACAAUUCUAAAUCAAAUAAAUGGCGGGGAAAUUACUACUGGAGGUGGCACCCAGGAAGCUGAUGAUGAAGUUGUCAGUGGGUCCCCUCUGCCAGGUGUGAAGCCCCAGCAACUGGAUGAAUCAAUCAGGAUUCCUAAAGAAACAAUUGACAUUCUCAGGAACCAAGUGUUUGGCUUUGAUACAUUUUUUGUGACAAGCCAGGAGCCAUAUGAGGGUGGAGUCUUGUUUAAAGGAAACCUGCGAGGCCAGGCAGCUAAAAGCUAUGAAAAAUUAACGAACAGGAUGCAGAAUAAACUUGGGGAUGAGUAUAAGAUUUUCCUCCUAGUUAAUCCGGAGGAUGAUAAACCAGUAGCAGUUGUGGUUCCAAGAAAGACCCUACAGCCAGAAACGGCAGCUGUCCCAGAGUGGUUUGCAGCUGGCGCUUUUGGAUUGGUUACAAUUUUUACAUUACUUCUCCGGAAUGUGCCUGCAUUACAGUCAAACUUAUUAUCGACUUUUGACAAUCCUGAGCUGUUGAUGGAUGGGCUACCCGGAGCCCUUGUGACUGCACUUGUUCUGGGGGCACAUGAAUUGAGCCACAUACUGGUUGCAAAAAGUAAUGAAGUUAAGCUUGGGGUGCCAUACUUUGUUCCAAGUUGGCAGAUAGGUUCUUUCGGUGCUAUCACAAGGAUAACAAGUAUCGUGCCCAAACGUGAAGUUCUUCUGAAAGUUGCAGUGGCAGGACCUUUAGCGGGGUUUUCCUUGGGUCUUGUUCUUUUCCUUUUGGGCUUCAUCUUACCACCUAGAGAUGGUAUUGGUCUUGUUGUUGACGCUUCUGUUUUUCACGAAUCAUUUCUUGCUGGGGGUAUUGCUAAACUUCUGCUAGGUGAUGUACUCAAGGAAGGCACUCCCAUAUCUGUUAAUCCACUGGUGAUAUGGGCGUGGGCUGGACUUCUUAUUAAUGCCAUCAACAGCAUCCCUGCUGGAGAGCUUGAUGGUGGGCGAAUUUCCUUUGCUAUCUGGGGAAGGAAGGCUUCAGCUCGCUUCACUGGUUUCUCCAUUGUCUUGCUUGGACUAUCCUCACUACUUAACGAUGUGGCUUUUUACUGGGUAGUUCUAAUAUUCUUCUUACAAAGGGGGCCAAUUUCUCCAGUUUCUGAAGAGAUAAGUGAUCCCGAGAAUAAGUAUGUUGCCCUUGGACUCUUAGUUUUGGUCUUAGGAUUGCUGGUGUGCCUACCAUACCCCUUCCCUUUUACAGAUGAAACCGUUACAAGUUUCACAAGUAAUGCCAUUUCAAGUCUCUAGUCACAAUACAGUUUCCAUAUACUUCAGCCUAAAGUUUUUCUUAGAAUGUCAGACAGCCUUGUUAGUGUAACUUGUACAAGGAAAUGCGAUACACAUUUUAGCCCAUCAAAUUGGUGAAAUUGUGCUGUGUAUUGGCAUCAAGAAAUUCAUAUGCAUGGCUAUUUUCUCCCUUAA